ACCUUCAUCUUUCUUCAAAUUCAAAAAUGACUUUAUCUUCCUUUUGCUUAGGAAUUCUCUUGAGCUAUACAAUCCUUUGUAAGAAUGUAGUUCAUUGUGAACUUCCAGAAGAGCCCAUCAAAUGCUCUUUCGGAAACUCCGACUGCGUCAUCACAAAUUCUUAUGGAUCGUUCUCUGACCGCAGCACUUGCCGUGCGGCUGAUGCCGUUUACCCGGAAAAUGAAGAUCGGUUAAUCUCGUACGUCAGAGAUGCAACUAUGAUGAAGAGAAAGAUCAAGGUUGCAACGAAAUAUGGCCACAGCUUUACAAAGUUGGUAUGCCCUGAUGGAGAAGACGGUCUAAUAAUAAGUACAAAGAAUCUCAACAAGGUGAUAAAUGUGAACAUGACAGAAGAAACAAUGACGGUAGAAAGCGGUAUAACGCUUAAGCAGCUGAUUGAUGAGGCAGCCAAGGUGAAUUUAGCAUUGCCCAACUCCCCAUAUUGGGCGGGGGUAACUGUUGGCGGAAUGCUAGGCACGGGUGCUCAUGGAAGCUCUUUAUGGGGUCGUGGAAGCGCGGUCCAUGACUAUGUUGUUAGCCUUAAGAUGGUUAGCCCGGGUGAGCAUGAAGAUGAUUAUUAUAAAGUUCGAACCAUUACUAUAUCUGAUGAAGACCUUGAUGCAGCAAAGGUUUCACUUGGUGUUCUUGGAGUCAUUUCACAGGUGACCUUGAAGUUAGAUCCACUUUUCAAGCGAAACAUCACAUACGUUACUCGAGAAGACAAUGACUUGGAGAUUCAAGCUUCAACUUUUGGUCUUGAACAUGAGUUUGCAGAUAUAACUUGGCUUCCUGCCCAACACAAAGCUGUAUACCGAAUUGAUAAUCGAGUUCCCGCUACGACAUACGGAAAUGGUACUUAUGACUACCCUGGAAUGCGAUAUACACCACGAGCUCUUUUAGAGUCUACCAGAAUAUUAGAGGAGAUACACGAAUCAAAUGGUUGCAACGAGUUAAGAUGCAUCACGGCUAAGGGACUCGUGACAGAUGCUGUUCAAAGCGCAUUUGGCUUCACCAACGAUGGUAUCUCUUUCACUGGCUACCCAAUUAUUGGAUAUCAGAAUAAGAUGCAGUCUUCUGGAGAGUGUUUUGAUAGUCAAAACAAUCUUGUUGAUGGUUAUUGUGGAUGGGAUCCAAGAAUAAAUGGUCAAUUCUAUGUUAGUAAUGGUUUUACAUUGCCUAUGAGCAAGGUAAAAAGUUUUAUUCAAGACAUAAAAAAGCUAGUCAAAAUGGAGCCAACAUCCUUAUGUGGCCUUGAAGGUUACAUGGGUAUUCUGAUGAGGUAUGUCAAGGCCUCAUCUGCUUAUCUGGGAAAAGACGACGAUGGAAUAGAGUUUGAUAUCACUUACUACAGAUCUAGAGACGCCUUAGGUCCUCGGCUAAACGAGGAUAUUAUUGAUGAGAUUGAGCAAUUGGCGAUCUUUAAGUAUGGUGGAGUGCCACAUUGGGGAAAAAAUCGCAAUAUAGCAUUUGAAGGUGUUAUUAAUAAGUAUAAGGAUGGACAAAAAUUUAUGGAGGUUAAGGAGAGGUAUGAUCCUUUAGGAUUGUUUUCGAGUGACUGGACUGACCAAGUUUUAGGAUUAAAAGCUAGCACAUACGGAAUAGGAUGUGCUCGUGAAGGUUUGUGUAUUUGUGACACAGAUGAUGAUUGUGGGCAUGGAUACAAUUGUAGCAUUGGUCGAGUCUACGCAGAGGCUAAAGUUUGCAAGAGAAAGAAAAGCACGCUUAUCUUCAAAAAUUGCAUGAUCGACUUCAUGAAUUUAUAAGUCAAUUAGAAGAGUCACCUCCAGCCCUUAUUUCUCGGUUCUCUUCCAAUAAACCUUAGUUCUUCCAUUAUCAAUGUAGGGGCUACCAUUAGUCUUUUCGAUGAUGAUACGCCCCUCUUUCUUCUUAAUGCGUUCUAUCUUAAGUGUUUGUUAAUAAAUAAAAUAACACUGUCUCUAUCGGAGAGCUAGUCCACCCGAUAUUGGGUUUACCUCUCUUCUUAUGAGAGUUUGGGACUAUGUUUUUCGUUUCUAUUACAAAUUGGUUCGUUGACGAAUGACGGAUA